AUGUGUGAGUUAUUUUUAGGAACCUGGAAACUCAUUUCUAGUGAGAACUUUGACAGCUAUAUGAAAGAACUGGGGGUGGGUUUUACUACUAGGAAACUUGGCAGCCUGGCCAAGUCCAGUGUGAUCAUCAGCAUCAAUGGGGAUAUAAUAACCAUCAAGACAGAGAGCACCUUUAAAAACACAGAGAUCUCCUUCAAGCUGGGGGAAGAGUUUGAGGAAACCACAGCAGAUGACAGGAAAACCAUGAGCACUGUAACCUUGGACAAUGGCUCUCUGACUCAGGUGCAGAAGUGGGAUGGCAAACAGACCACAAUAAAGAGAGCGCUGGUGGAUGGGAAGAUGGUUGUGGAAUGCACCAUGAACAAUGUCACCUGCACUAGUCUAUGA